GCCUGUCACCCACCACCAGAAGCCUGAUGUCGAGCAACGUGACGAACAAGACAGACCCACGCUCCCUCAACUCGCGGGUCUUCAUCGGCAACCUCAACACGCUGCUGGUCACCAAGGCAGAUGUGGAGGCCAUCUUCGGCAAGUACGGCAAGAUCGUGGGCUGCUCCGUGCACAAAGGCUUUGCCUUUGUCCAGUACGCCAAUGAGAGGAACGCCCGCUCCGCGGUGGCUGGGGAGGACGGGCGCAUGAUUGUUGGCCAAGUGCUGGGUAAGAGACAAGGGGCGGGGCGUAGCCAGGAAGGGGCGGGGCGUAGCCAGGAAGGGGCGGGGCGUAGCCAGGAAGGGACAUGCAUGGUUAGCUCCUCCUUCGACCUCGACUAUGACUUUCAGAGGGAUUAUUACGACAGGAUGUACUCGUACCCCUCCCGCGUGCCUCCCCCGCCUCCCCCUCUGUCCCGGGCAGUCGUUCCCUCCAAGCGGCCGAGGGUCAGCACCAGCGGGGGGCGCCGCACCAAGACCAGCUUCUCUUCCAAGAGCAGCCAGAGGAGCUCCUCACGCACCAUGAAAGCAGACGACCUGCAGACAAUCAAGAAGGAACUGACCCAGAUCAAGCACAAGGUGGACUACCUCCUGGAGAGCUUGGAGAGGAUGGAGAGGGACCACAGCAAGAAGUCAGGCAAGAGCGCCAAGUCAGACGGGGGCGAGAGCUCCACCCAGCACAGCAGCUCCAGCCUCAAGAAGGAGGAGUGCCUGAAGAGGGAGAGGGAGAGCCAGGAGCUGCCCGACUCGGAGGAGGAGGGAGACCUGCUGGAGGAUGAGGAGGAGGUGAGCGAGAGGAGGGGAGAGGAAGAGGGAGAGCUGCUGGAGCCUGACACACUCACGCCGGCCCCCAGCAGCACAGGAGCCCUCGAACCCGCAGCCAUGGUGAUGAAGGUCAUAGUCAUCCUCAGACCCAAGUUCCUUCUCUUCAUCCUCUGGAACCGAAACGCUGACUUUGUGGAUUUUGAGUUUGCGGUCAUGAUGUGA